CAGGAUGAGGCGCAGCAGAGCUCAGCUGGUGGGAAGGAGGUUUUUAUUGGGCUGUGUCGUGAGGAAUCCAGCCGGGUCCGGCGGCGCCGUGCUGCAGGCCGAGCCUCGGGACCGAAACCCCGAAACCCGCGCGGCAACCGCGCCCAGAGGGGACAAACUGAGCCCAAAGGGCCGGGCUGUGCCCCACGGCGAGCUCCCGGGGCAGCACGGAGAGAGUUAAACCGGGGUUAAACCCUAAACCUGCCUGGAGCCCAGCAGGGAGAGAGUUAAACUGGGAUUAAACUCCUAAACCUGCCUGGAGCCCAGCAGGGAGAGAGUUAAACCGGGAUUACACCCUUCAACCUGCCUGGAGCAUGCUGCAGAGAGAGUUAAACCGGGAUUAAACCCUUAAACCUGCCAGCUGGCACGGGGUGGCGACAGGAGCUACAGGAGGAAUUUGGGCAGUGCCAGGGCAGGGUUUGGGUGCUGCCAGGGCAGGGUUAGGGCGCUGCCAGGGUUUGGAUGUUUCCAGGGCAGGGUUUGGGCAGUGCCAGGGCAGGGUUUGGGCGCUGCCAGGGCACGGCGGGCACUGCCACGAUUCCCCGGAGCUGCGCCGGAACCAGAACGAGAAAUGCCAUAAACAGGAAACGGCCUUGGAGUCUCAGAGGAUUUGGGUAUUUACAGGGUUAAUUUGGGGAUUACUGACCAGUUCCAGGGGUGAACUGGUGCCCAGUUCCAGGGGUGAACUGGUUCAGACCAGUUGUUGGUCAGGUCCCUACCAGUUACAGGGUUGAACUGGUGUCACUGGUGUCUCGUGUGCAGUGUUGAACUGGGGUCCCAGUGUUGAACUGGUACCAGUUCCAGGGUUUAACUGGUGGCCUGUUUGCAGUGUUUGGCUGGUGUCCUAUGUACAGUGUCGAACUGGGGUCCCAGUUAAAAUGUGUCACUGGUGUCCCUGUUGCAUCAUUUAACUGGCGCCCAGUUACAGAGUUAAACUGGUGUCCCAGUGUGUCACUGGUGUCCUAUGUACAGCGUGUCACCGGUGUCCCAGUGUGUCACUGGUUUCCAGUUGCAGUGUGUCACCAGUGUCCCAGCUGCAGUGUCACCGGUGUCCCAGUGUGUCACCGGUGUCCCAGUGUUGAACUGGUGUCCUAUGUACAGUGUGUCACUGGUGUCCCAGUGUUGAACUGGUGUCCCAGUGUUGAACUGGUGUCCCAGUGUGUCACCGGUGUCCCAGUGUGUCACCGGUGGCCCAGAGGAGCCCCGGUGCUGCUGGUGUCAGUGUCAGGUCGGUGCUGCCCGCGGGAAGGGCCUGGGGGCUCUGGGAGGGAAAACCUUGAAGGAUUCACCCAGAAAAAUGAGAAGAAAAUUGAUUCCGGGGCUGUUGGGACCGGCGUUCCUAAACCAGGGCCGGGCCUGGGCCGCGGGUCGAGAAAAGGAAAUUCCUUCAAAGCCUCGGCACGGCUGGGAAGGGGUGGAGGGAGCCCGGAUCCCCACCCGGGCUGGAAGAGCCCCUUGGGACCCCAAAACGCUGCUGGGCACGGGGAGGAGCUGCUGGGUGGAACUGGGAGCACUGGGGGCAGGGGCAGGGGCUGCUCUCCCCCCCUGCUCCCGGUGCUGGGAACGGGGCUGGGGCGGGAACGGAGCCACAGGGAAUCCUGGAUUCCUCCAGGGAGAACCCUCCGAUUCCCCAGCCAGGGGAUUCCUCCAGAAGGAAUCCUUGGAUUCCUCCAGCCAGGAGAUUCCUUCAGGCGGAGGAGUCCUCCAGGGAGGGAAGGGCUGCAGGAGGGACGGGGCUGUUCCCGGGCCUGGCAGAGGUUAGGGGUGAGGAUGUGGGGUGGGCGACCAAAGGGCUUCACUGCAGCCACCGUUCCCAUUUCCCCAUGGAAACCAUCCCUGACUCCUCAGGCACCAUUCCUGAUCCCUGCAGGACCCAAGGCCCCAUUCUCUGCCCGGUUGUUGCCCUUUGUUGCCCUCAAUGGCAAAACCCUUCACCCUGAGCUCCUCCUCCUUCCCUUCCCUCCCCGGGCACCGGCUGCUCUCCAUCCUGCCGCGCCUCUUCCUCCUCAUCCCAGGAGCCUCCUCCUCCUCUUCAUCCCCAUCUUGCUGUGCUUCCUCCUCCUCAUCCCCAUCCCAGCUGCCUUCUCUUCCUCAACCCCAACCCAGGAGCCUCCUCUGUCCCCAUCCCAGGUGCUUCCUCCUUUCUUGGCCCAAAUCACCGAUCCCACCUUUUUGGGGCCAAAAUCACCCAUCCCACUUUUCCUGUGCCAAAAUCACAAUUCCCACCUUUCUUUGCCAAAAUCACUGAUCCCACUUUUCCUGUGCCAAAAUCACCAAUCCCAUCUUUUUGGGGCCAAAAUCACCGAUCCCACCUUUCUGGCCCUGUUUCGCCGCCAGCGGCGUUGCCUUCGCCCAGCGGAAAGAGAGGGAAUUCUGGAGCGCGCGACCCUAAAACCUGCUGGGGUGGGGGACCCUAAAACCCACCAGGGCCUGGGACCCUAAAAUCCACCGGGGUGCGGGACCCUAAAACCCGCCGGGGCGCGGGGCCGCCGGCGUCCAGCAGAGAGGAGCACCCCCGGUUUUAUCCGUACGCGUGGCCGCGGCGCUAUCUACCUAUCUAGAGAUAAAUUAAAUGAACUGGGGUCCCGCGGGCGGGCGGGGCUAUAGCGUGGUCUCGCUGCCCAUGUCCCGCGGGGCCUUCUCCGUGUCGCUGU